AUGAAUGAAAACACGCUAGUUUUGGCUAAAUUACGCGGCUUUCCCAAGAAAACCUCAACAAAUGCAGAUUAUCUUUUACAUAAAUCACAAAAUGAUAACUGCAGAUCAGAUUUAAAAUCAGUUGACAUGUACCUUGCGAACAAGAAAUUCAAUAUAAACCAUAACAUUGAAAAUAACUCAAAUUUAUUUAAUGAAACACUUUCUACAACCAAGAGACCAUUGCCAUUACAAUAUGGAAACAAAACACAAAGUCCAGGAGAAGAUUUUUUGAUUAGAAAAAGAAGAAAUUACUCCACUCAGCCGUCCAAUACUGUAGUUCCAAAUAAUAAUGAUCUACUUCAAAUGAUAGCCAACGGAGAUCAAUCCAUUGUAGAUAAAAUAAAACAAGUCUCAACAACAAACUAUAAAAAAAUAAUGGAUUUAUUGAAUAGAUCAACGUCAAUAAAGGAAUUUCAAACAAAUUUACAAGCUUUAGUAUUGGAUAUGUGCAUUGGAUUAUACACCGAUAAAUCACAAGACGAAACUGUCGACAAUCUUAAAAAACGUGUUAAUUAUCUAACAAACGAAAAGGCACUCUUGUCAAAUGUUAUAAAAUCGCAAUAUGAAUCAAUAAAGGAUGAAAAUUCUAACGCUUCGAAAACUGAAGAGGAAAAGCAGGCCCUCAAGGCAGAACUAGGUAGAUUAAAGAGAAUACUCAAUUCAAUGGUAUACAAUAAUGAUAAUUCGUCCAAUUUUCGGCAAAUAGCUGAUUAUGUCGAUAGGUACACUGAAAAUACAUUAAUACUUGUUGUAGGAAACCCCCAGAUGUAUUCUAAAAUUUUUAUGGCUUGA